CAUUGCACGGCUCGGACUGUCACCUCCCAUCCGUCGAGCUGUCAUUUGACAGCAGCACACAUGAACAUCAGUGCUGCGUAGUUGGAGCUGACCUCCGGUGGACAUUAACGUCGUAUUAUCUGCUGGUCGGUGUUUUAUUUCGAACAGCGCAUGGAUAUGACAGGAUACGCCCCUGUCAUCUCUUCGGACUGAUUACAAACGCGUAGGAGGACCUUGAAAGCUGGCUAGUAGUAGCGCUGGUUAGCUUGCGAGCUAACGGUAGCGAAGCGGCAGUGAGCGGCGGAGCCUGCUUCUGCUUUGUACCGUCAUAUGGCCACCGAAGGUCGGAUUGGCUAUAGCUGUUUGCCUGGUUAGUCGUUUAGCGGCAUUCAUUUGUCAUAUUAAUCUUCCCUUUUGCAGAUAAAACCUAGCUUGUUCGCCAUUUCCCACGGGAAUUUACCCUUUCUCCAGUUGUCAGUGUUUUAUAUUUACUAUUUUACUAUAUUAACACUUAGUGUUUGCUGUCCCGUGUAGCUAGCUAUGCUAACGCCAGCUCAGUGAGGGCUCCAGACGAGUCGAGGAAGGAAGAGUGUUGAUGUGGGCUGAGGGAGGCGGAGGACGGCUUUAGGUGCAGGAGACCAGCAUUGUUAGCUUUGUCUCAUCCUUUCUUAAGACGGAACCCAAACUGUAGCUGGCAUUAAAAGAACACUCGGCCCAUUCGGUUUGUUAGGUGGCUAAAUGAAUAGUGUUAACACUACUACAUCGUGAGGCCACAGUGCCAGCUUCAAGCGGAGACGCUCUCUACACAUCAUCCAUCGGACGGACUGCAGCAACCACCCAGUUUGCUUGAAACAUGGCUUCGGCGGCCAGCAUCGCCGCAUCUAUUGCGAGCAAAACGAAGACGAAGAAGAAACACUUCGUCGCUCAGAAAGUGAAGCUCUUCCGUGCCAGCGACCCUCUGCUAAGCGUGCUCAUGUGGGGGAUCAAUCACUCGAUAAACGAGUUGAGCCAUGUUCAGGUUCCCAUCAUGCUCAUGCCAGAUGACUUCAAGGCCUAUUCUAAGAUUAAAGUGGACAACCACCUCUUUAACAAGGAGAACAUGCCGAGCCAUUUCAAAUUCAAGGAGUACUGCCCCCUCGUGUUCCGAAACCUCAGGGAGAGGUUCGGUAUUGACGAUCAGGAUUUCUCGAACUCUCUGACUCGCAGCGCUCCCUUGAACAGCGAGGCCCAGGGUCGCAGCGGGGCCCGCUUUCAUACCUCUUAUGAUAAGCGCUAUGUCAUCAAAACCAUCAGCAGUGAGGAUGUGGCUGAGAUGCACAACAUUUUAAAGAAAUAUCAUCAGUUCAUUGUGGAGUGCCAUGGCAACACCCUACUGCCUCAGUUUCUGGGGAUGUACCGUCUCACCGUGGACGGAGACGAGACCUACAUGAUUGUUACUCGCAAUGUUUUCUCCCACCGCCUUUCCGUCUACAAAAAAUAUGAUCUAAAGGGUUCCACAGUAGCGAGGGAGGCCAGUGAUAAGGAGAAGCAGCCACCCCCACCAGAGGAUGUGCCCCCGCGGCAAAAAUCUGGUAACGUUCAGCAAAGGCUGCAAACACUGCGGAUUGCCACACGCUUUUACUGUGCCAUGAAACACGUAAGAGAUGCUAAGGAGCUGCCCACCUACAAGGACAAUGACUUCAUCAACGACGGGCAGAAGAUUUACAUCGACGGGGAGAACAAAAAAAUGUUCCUGGAGAAGCUUAGGAAAGACGUUGAGUUCUUGGCCCAGUUGAAGCUCAUGGAUUACAGUCUGCUCGUGGGGAUCCACGACGUUGAGCGAGCCGAGCAGGAAGAGGUGGAGACCGAGGACAUUGAGGCGGAGGAGGAGGGCGAGAGCGACGGCGGGGUCAUCGGGACACCCCCCGACAGUCCCAGCAACACCCUGGAUAGCACCAAGCCGCUGUCACCUGGAGAGUUCGAUCCCACCAUUGACGUCUACGCCAUCAAAAGCAACGACGGUGCUCCCAGAAAGGAGGUUUACUUCAUGGCUGUUAUAGACAUCCUGCAGCAUUAUGAUGCCAAAAAGAAAGCUGCCCAUGCCGCCAAAACAGUCAAACAUGGGGCCGGAGCAGAGAUCUCCACCGUGAACCCAGAGCAAUACUCCAAGAGAUUUUAUGAGUUCAUCACCGCCAUCCUGUCAUAGCCCCCCAGAACGACAAGAGCACCGAGGCACACGGGAAAGAGAGGGAAGGUGGGAGGGAGUGCAGGGAGGGGGAGGAGAGAGGAAGGCAUGAGGGAGAGGGGGCGCUGGAGGCCGGAUUAAUAAGGUGUCCCUCUUCCCUCUGUCCGUUCGCUGUUGGCUUCUCUCUCUUUCAGCGGGGUGCCGUCUGUCUGCAGCUAAACAAAACAUUAUUUGUUUACAUUUAACCUCUCCUGUUGAAUUCUGUUUUCACAUGUAACUUUGGAUGAUGAGGUUGUUUUUAAGCAAGUGUCCAAAAGUCAUUACAUUUGUCAUGCCAGGUGUUCUUGUUUAGUUAUUGAUGUCGGCCUGUGGUUUUGUUUUUUGUUUUUUUUAUAGUUAUUAAUAACAUUAUUAAUAACCCCUCCCUCMCCCCUUCAAAAAAAAAAAAAUCCAGCACCGGCUAUUUUUUUUGUUGUCCUUUUUCAAUGUGAUAUUUGUCGUAUCCCUCAUCGUUUAGUGGGAGGCUGAAUUUCUAAAAGCCGCUCUCGCCGUGAAUGUUGAGCCUCGCCUGAUGCUUCGUUCCAGGGAGUAGAAAACAGUCUUCCAAGAGGCCAACAACCAAACCCGCUCCCAAACAGUUGUUCACGCACCCAGCCAAGCAAAGCUGCCUCCUUCCUCACUCAUCUUUCCCCCCUUUUUAUUUUUGUUGUUUACAUUAUAUAGCUAGGCUAUAUAAUGCGUUUACUCCCCACUGUGUCUGUUUGUGAUUGUUUUGUUUGUUUUUUAUUUCCUUUGUGACGUACCAUGAUUUCUAAUGCAAAAGGGAAGGCUGAAUAUCUCUAAAAAUGAGAAGGGGGUGGGGGGGGGGGAAGAGGUGCGCAGCUUCCUUUAUUGUCCUCCAAAAAUAGUUCGCAAUUGUUGUGGGAGAUCGCAGUUUCUGUUCCUGCUGCAGAGAAUUUGCCCAGAAGUCAUUGGUGACAGCUUUAAGAGCAAGUCACUGCUCGGUAGAAAAUCAAACACGUAUUUAAAGGAAAGUGGACCCAUAAUUUUUUUUUUUUUUCACUUUGCCGACUGCACCUUAUGAGUGAAACCCAAACUGUUGCACUUUCAUUCUUCGUCAGGAUCUUUUAUUCUGUUACAUACGCAGCAGAAAGACAAACUGAGCUCGCUCAUCUCAGAACCGAAGCCUGAUCUCGGAUCCCGCCUUCCCCCACAGCACCCGUCUGUCCGUCUUUUACUCGGGUUGGUUUGGAAGAAUUUACUGCAAUAUUUAACGUGGGUGUAGAGGGGUUGAUUUUAAUUUUUUUUUUAUUAUAUAUAAAUCAACCUUUCUGUUAGGAGCGCUCUGCGGUGUCGCAGUAGUGCUGCACAAAAAGGCGGUUUACCUCUGGCGUCGUAUCAGUGUUCAAAAAAUUGGGGUGGAAGGAGAUCAGGAGUAGCUGCGGAUUCGUUUUUCCCCUAACAGCAACGUUAUCUAACCUCGUUUGUGACUCUGGUGUGUGUGUAUGUGUUUUUUUGUUUGUUUUUUCAUUGUUCUCCCUAAUUUUUUUUUUUAAUCUGUCUUUGAUUUUUUUUUUUUUUUUCAAUCAUUGCUCUUUUUUUUAUUAUUUUGUAUAUUUUGCACAAGAGGAAAGGAACCAAAUGUUACAAAUACGACCCCAAUUAGUGGAAACGGUCUUAACAAGGGAAAUGCAAUAUACUCGUGUGUAAGUUAGUGAUUUGUGUGUGAGGUCGCGUUAUCACCAACUGAAACAGGUCAGCUCGUUCUUUCUGACUCAUGCAAAAAGCUUCCAACGUCAUGUUUGUUUAAGUGUCAUAGAUUAUAUUGACGUUUCUAUUUUCUACAUUAGAUUUUAGUCUCUGAUAAUAGAAGGGAGGGAAAAAAGGAACCACUCUGUGGAAUAAGUAAUGGUGCUGCGGUAAUGAAGAAUGACUCUGUUUGAAUUUUUACAAGUUCUAAUACUUUUAAAAAAAAUAAAAUAAAAAAUGCAUGUCACAGGACUGAGUUUCCUUUCCUCUCUUUACUGUCAUUCGGUCUGUUCUGUAUGUGCCCCUCCGCCUAAACCAUGUUAAGUAGUCCCUUCUGUUGCUUAUUAAAUAACUGUUUUCAUUGUAUACACUGUGCAAGAUGUGUGCCUUUAUACUCCAAAUUAUUUAAUUUUAUAUUUUGUAAUCUUUUUUUAAAAAAAACAAGUGUAAAGGGUUAUUUUAUUAACAGUGUGCUUACUUUGAUGUAUUAUUAUUUUUUUGUGUGUGCAACCUUCCCUCCAUUCGGCACCUGGUAGUAUACUUGUCACUCAGUCCGUGUAAUAAAACCGUUUAAUUGAUCAUUUUCUAACCAACGAGGUUAAAAAGGAAAAAAAAAAAAAAUGGAAUAAUGAAUAUUUGAAUUUUGUGGGUUUGUUUGAAAUCUGUAAGUGUAAAUCUGUGUUUCCUUUCUGCUCAGGCUGAAAGUGAUAUCUGCUCACAUUAUUUUCAUUAUUUUUUUUUUUUAUUUUUUUUUUUACCCCCACGUCGGUUCAUGCUGGUCCUGCCUCUGUUAAAAGAAUGUUUGUUUGUUUGUUUGUGUGUGUGUGUGUGAGAGUGUGUGAGUGAGAGAGAGAGAGAGAGAGAGUGCAUUCUGGAAGUGUGUGUUUUAUCUCUUCUUCCACCAAACCCAGAUGCAGUCAUGUUAGAUUUUUGUUCAAUCAUCCCACAGUGAGAUGUUGGUGAUCAUCGUGCUCCAUCUCUGUAAAUGCAGUAGAACAGUGUUCAUGUCGCGCGCCGCUUUGUUCUUUUUUCUCCCCCAAACACGCUGCUGCUGCUGCUGAAGCUUCAAGUUGACCCGCUGCCACUGCUUCACGCGCCAAAAUCGCCUCUCAGCAGUCAGACCCCCCAAUCCCUGUGAGCUUAAGAACAUUGUGUUUAGUAAAAAUGCUUGUUAGUUGGGAUUAAAUGUUUUAUUUUUUUCCCCCCCAUAUUAUUUCUUUUUCUUCUCUGUGGUAAAUGGAGUGAGAUGUGCAGUGCUCAUAUGUGUGUAACCGUAUCCAGGGGCGAUAGGGAACACAUGGGGGGGGAACAAAUGUAAAACGGCUCCAGGGCCAGGCAUCCUCUACAGAUGUGGGACAGUUUUAUUAGGCUUUUAAGUUUUAAAAACUUCGAAAGCUCUUUGGUGGAAACUGUUUCUUUUUUGUUGUUUUUUUUUCCCCCUGAGCGCUCUAAAUUGGCAUGCACCACCUGACCCUGCAGAGCGUGCUCCGGUCUCAGCAGCCUGUGAUGCUCUCUGACCCUGGGCGUUGCUUUAAGCAUUACUUGUACGCGUAUGUGUGAGAGUAUGCAUGUCUGUGUUUUACGGUCUGCCGAGUGUUUCCUUUCAGUGGCAGACAGGACAAGAUGAAAUUGUGUGUUUAUUGUUUAUUCAUACAUGGUUAAAUAACGAUUACACUCCAUUCCAUAAAAGCAAUCACUCCAAAUUAAAGCACUUGUUCUGCCUAACUGA